UGAAACUGACUCUUUCAUUAUAGCUACCUGAGCUAUUUGUAUUGUUUUUAAUUAGCCUACUUAGACUAUCUUGUAAGUACAAUUGAAACAAUGGAAUGACACUUCUAAAAUUCCGAAGCAAAUCGAUUUUUUUUUUUUUUUUUAAUGUACUUAAAUAUACUUUUAGGCUCGAGUAAUGGCACGGUCACAGGUUCAGUGCCUUGAUGACAAUCACAUCAACUUUCGCACUAAUGACUCCAAGCCAGACUUCUUCUACAGCGAGGACCAAAGACUCGCGCUGGAGACACUCAUACAAAGCGGACGGGACGCCUUUGAGGAUCACAUUAAAACCAACAACAUUCGCUGUUUUCUAUCGGACCUUGAACUUGAGAGGAUUCUUAACACUGUGGAAGCGUAUUGCCCGGGUUCCCCUGAAAAUAAUGCUGAACUUAACGGACACAGUGAUGAGGAAGAGUUUUCUCUCCAGUACUGGCCGGACCGAUCAGACUGUCCUAUCCCACAGCUGGAUAUCGGGUGGCCAGACUGGACGUCCUACCGUGGCGUAACCCGUGUUCAAGUGUACACUCAACCCCCUUAUGAGGGUCAAUCACAUAUUAAAGAAGUCGUUAGGAAGAUGAUAGCCCAAGCACAUAAGGUCAUUGCAAUUGUCAUGGACUUGUUUACGGAUAUUGACAUCUUCAAAGAUCUCUUGGAUGCAAACUACAAGCGGAAGGUUGCUGUGUACAUUAUGCUAGAGCGCACUGGAGUAGAGCACUUCCUGAGAAUGUGUGAGAAAGCUGGCAUGCACACAGGACAUCUCAAGAAUUUGAGAGUGCGCAGCAUCAGAGGGGCAGAAUUUUUCAGUCGGUCCUCAAAGCGAGUGUGCGGAAGCCAAAAUCAGAAGUUCAUGUUUAUUGACGGAGACAAAGCUGUCUCAGGGUCAUAUAGUUUCACAUGGACUGCCUCCAGGCUGGACAGAAACCUCAUCACUGUGAUCACAGGUCACGCAGUCGACACAUUUGACAGAUUGUUUCAAGACAUGUAUGUGAUGUCUAAUGAGGUGUGCCUAAGCAAAAUUAAUUUGAGCAGUGAGCCUGAACCUGAGUUCCUAUCUCAGACAGUACCCACUCCAUUUCCCUUAGCCACUAUGGCUCUCAAAUUCAUUAACCCUAAAUACUCUCUGGUCUGUGCCGUCACCACCAAUGGACCUGUAUCUGACCAGACGAGUGCCCAGAACGGCACCACCAAGAAUCAGAUGGAAGCCAUCAGUCAAACCAAAGAUACACCACUGCUGCUACCAGUUCACCCGGGACUGCACAAACUGGAAAAGGCAAACAUGAUCCAUUAUCUGCCAACCUGGCCUGAUCCUGAGCCACCGAGUGAUGUCAUUGGUUUCAUUAACAUAAGGGACUCCAACAAGCCAUUGCAAGCUCACCUUAUGCGUUCAGAGCUCUUUGAAGUCUCUCAAGCCAUCCGAUUCAAGGAACCUUUUCAUGAGCCAAAAAAGCCUUUAUGUGUGAGUGCUUGUCCCAGUCCCAUAUCCCAAACCCCCUCUGAUCCUGAAGCUCCAGCUCAGAAGCAAGUGCAUACAGAACCCCAGAGUAGGUCAGAGGAAACACAGAAGCAUUCUAAACAUUUUGAUCAAAAUCAACAUCAAAACACUAGCCAGAGCGAGGAUCUUAUCUUGCCUCUACAAUCUCCAAAGCCUGAAAAGGUGCAUGUGCUUACCUGUUAUAAAGAAGAUAAAGAAGCCCCAUUUGUGACAAAUAAAGAGCUGAGCUCUUUUCCUAAUUCAAUUUUCUCUUCUGCUAAAGAUGAUAAAGUCUCAGAUACAAAGCAGACCCUGGAUACUCCACAAUCUCUGAAAUAUCCUGCCCUAAACCCAAACCAUUUUGACUUGAAAUUAUCAUUACCAGUAUCUAAUACAACUCAAUGUGAUUCAUUUGCACACCUAGAAAGUAUUACUGUUCAACAAACCUUAAAUGACAAAGUCAUUUUUGAUAUUGCCACCGAGGACCACGGAGAUACAAAACCAGAGUUAGAGAUAAAUGAAAUACACCAAAACUGGAAUGAUACACAGAUUUCUAUCUGUGACUCAACCUUCUCCUCAUUGUCUGUUGAAUACUUUGAGUGUUUUGGCCCUAUAGCUGACUCAAAGUCUGAAGGAGACCUGGAAUCUCUACGUAAUCAGAUCAAAAACAUUAAUCAAGACCAGGAAUUGCCUUGUUCGAAUUCCAUGUCAGCUCAAGACAGUAAAGUCUGCUCAGAUGAUAAAUUAACCUUGAUUAUUCCAAAACUUUUGAAAACCUUCUCAUCAAAAGAGUUUAACACUACAAUCCCAACUUCACCUUCCAAAACCACCUCUGACCAAGCAAGUUUAAGUGACUACUAUUGCGCACAGACUUCUAACGGUGGUUUCAACUUCUCUUCAACUUCUGAGGAAUACUUUGAGUGUAGUGACAUGGUGGGUUUUGAGUCAGAGUUUGAUGGGAUGAUUCAUGAGAUGGAACCAAGCUUACUUCUCAUUGAGGAGGACUUGAACAUUAAUGCACUAAAUGACAUGGUCAGCGACUCCAUGUCCUCUGUAUCACUGCAAAUACAGAAGCUGUCGGAAAUGACCAUACAGAAAGCUGAGAAACAGUACAACUCUGAAUCAAGCUAUCAGAACAUGAAAAGUCAGUCUGGAUCACAAGAACAGUCUGAAGUCCCACACAUAAUACAGACUCACAUAACUUACAACAACUCAGAGACAGAGAACUUGAGGAUAGUUUUACAAUCUAAAGAUAAUACUCAAGCUCAACUGAAUGAGAAAGUUCACAGACAUCAAACACAAGGGCCUGAAGUUAAAUCAGGGCCAAUACUAGAGAGUGAGUCUCCAUGUAAAUCUUUGCCAGAACAUGAGAUAAAUACACCUGAGAUGUUAGAGAUACUGUCUGAAGGACAAUCUGUACUGUUAGCUGAGAAAACUGAAAAAACGCCACUACAGGACUCACAGCCCCACGAAUGCCUGGAUAUGAUGUGUGCUUCCAUCCGCAAACCUUUAGAAGUGAAUGUUGUCAGCAAAUCGUCUUCAACCACAGACAGUGAAUCUGUCCAGAGCUCAACUUUGCAGGAUAAAGCAGCUUUAACUUCUGUAAUCCCAGAGAAGACAGCUGUGACAAAGUCUGUAGAGUCACAUAAGAGUGAGGAACUGCAAAACUCAUUGGCUGAUUUACAUUCUGGAUCAAAUCAUUCACCCAGCCUUGAGGAAGCUGAGAAAAAGUGCAACUCUGAGCCAAGCAAUCAGAACAUGAAAGCAGUUGAUGAACCUAAAAUGCAGUCUAGAUCACAUAAACAGGCUGAAAUUCAACACACAAUAAUGGCUCACAGUCACUUGGAGGCAGACUCUCAAGUAGUUUUUGGGUCUGAAGAUGAUACUCAAUUGGAUGAGAAUGUUCAAAGACAUCAAACACAAGAGCCUGAAAUUAAAUCAGGGCUAAUAGUAGAGAGUGAGUCGCUCUGUAGCUCUGUGCCAGAAAAGAUAAAUACACCUCGGAAGGUAUUAGUGAAACAGGCCAAAGGACAGUUAGCUGAGAAAACUGAAAAAACACCAAUGCAGCACUUACAGUUUGGGGUACGACACUCAACACUGCAGGAUGUAACCCCUGCAGUAACAGAGAAAAUAGUGGUGACAAAGUCCAUAGAGUUGCAUAAGAACAUUGAUGAACUGCAAAAGUCAUUGGCUGAUUUAGAUUCUGGAUCAAAUCAUUCACACAACCUCAAAUCUUCAGACCAGGUCAAUGAAGACUUAAGGUUGCAAAAGGGUGAGGUCAGCCAUCAAACAGUGUUUAAGAGAAAAUGUGUGGAAAACAGUCCAAUAGAAGACUCUCUGAAAAUGCCCACACAGUUUGAAUCAGUUGAGCUGUUGAUAGUAGAGGAGUCUGAUAUCCAAGAGACCUCCAUCACUAAAAACCAUUGUGAUAACAAAAGAACAAGAGCUGCACUGAGCAAACAAACAAGACUGAGCAAAACUGAGCCUACAGAGCUUAAGAUAAUCAAUAAUGGAAAGCAAAUAGAGAAUAAGCUAGAUCAUGAUCGUUACAGUAAGUUUGGAAAGAAAACUUGUCACCCAACAGCUCUGGUUGAGGAGAAGCAAGAAGGGGAGCAUAUUUUUGCAAAUCAAGUAAAAAAGAACCUGCCAGAGGCAAAACCCAAGCUGGAGUGUCCAGUUAGGAAGCAACCACGUCAAGCAUCAACCCGAAUUCCUAUUCAAAGACAAGCCAGAGGAGGCUUAGCUAAAUUACCCAUCACCAAACCAGACAGUAGCAAUCGCUCACUUAGGCCUCCAGCCCCUAAAGCUGGAACACACCAAAACUCACCUGGAAAACCUCUGGGGCAGAAUAAGCCUAGCAUUACCGCUUCUCCAUCUCCUAAAAAAUUGUCCACAGGAGGAACCGCUACAUUUAGGUCAACGCACAUGCAGCAAAGACCCCCUUGGACAGUCAGCACAUCAAUAGGUCCCAUCUCUCCCCCAAAACAGCCUCAGGUCAAGCUGAAUAAACCUAAGAUCAGGCAAUCAGAUGAGGCAAGCUCCAAGAUACAUUCUGCAUCCACAACAAAGCGUAGUUGUUCGUCUUUUGGAAUUUAGCUUCCAAGACAAAUAACUUGAAGCAGACAUUUAAAAAAAAAAACUCCUCCAUGCAACUAGAAAAAGGCAACUUGGAAUAAAAAGAGACAAAGUUUACAGCUGUUAGAUGGCAUGUCAAGUGAAAAAAAAUUCAACUGUAAAAAAAUGCAUCUCGACACACCUGCAUUCUGUUAUAUUCAGUGUGCUGCGUCUAGGUUAUUGCAAAAAUGCAUUUGAUCCGAACAGACUCUUUAUCAAAAUCAAACUAUUUGAUUUUCAUGUUGCAUAUUUAUUUCAGUGAGUGCAACAAAUGUAAUGAUGUGCAAUAGAAAACAGUACUUAGUAAUGGUACUUUUUUUUUGUUUUUGUUUGAAAUUGUUUUAUGGAGCUAAAGUCACAGACCUACAUUAUAUGUUUUUUCCCAUUUAGCUAAUGGCAGAAUUGUGCCCUCCCAUAAUGCAGCAAAUGAAACAUGGGUUUUCCCUGCACAAACAGGUUUUAUUUUUACUUCAACAAAAUGUUGCAUGUAAAUUAUUGGCACAAACAGCUGUAUGAUUGUCCCUAAAGCUAUUUAUAUGUAAAGCUUCUAUUUCCUCAUUCAGCUUAAUGGAAAUAAAAUUAUGGAUCUCAUUAAAUCAUCACAGCUCACGCAUGAUCUAUUAUGUCAUCUACAUAACAUUAUUUUAUGGCUCGUGCCCCAGGUUGCUGCUGGUCAUAUUUUGAAGAUGUUUUGCAAUCAAUAAAGAGUGUGGCUUUGAUAGUCAAGCUGACAACUGAAAAUGUUUUUUCAGCUGACUGCACAUUUGUCUAGACAUACUGUACUGUAGUGCUACAAAGAGGUUAUAAAGUCAUAAUUCCCAGAAGCUUUGUACUGUGUUUUACAUGGAAGUUAGAUUAGUAAUCUGCAUGUCUCUCCAACAUGUCUGCAUCAGUUUUAUGCUUACAGAGCAGGCAAAUAAGAGUCAUAUCAGCAGUAGCAAGAAAAUUCAUAGCACAUAGUCAAUGCGACAAUGAGGUAACUUACAAUGUCACUAUAGAAAUGAGAACAUCACCAAACCUCCUGACCAAUUUUGUUCAUACUGUGUUCCAGCCAGUUUAACGUGUACUUGACAUUAUACUCUGGAACUGAUUCAGAACAAUAUUUAUUAGAGAAACAGGUCGAAAGAAAUUCGAGAAAUGAUGAGGAAAAAGGUGAUUGAAAUACAGCAGUCUGGGAAGGGUUACAAAGCUGUUUCAAAGGCUCUGGGACACCAAAGAACCAUUGAGAGCCAUUAUCUCUAAAUGGAGAAAACUUGGCACAGUAGUGAACCUUCCCAGAAGUGGUCGACCUUCCAAAAUUCCUCUAAGAGCACAGCAACGACUCAUCCAGGAAGUCACAAAAAAGCCAAGGGCAACAUCCAAGGAACUGCAGGCCUCUCUCACAUCAAUAAAGGUCACUGUUCAUGACUCCACUAUCAGAAAGACUAAAGCAAUUCUGCAAAAUUUCACCACAGCGUUGUGAAAGUCUGAUCUCCAGUUAUCGGAAGAGUUUGGUUGCAAUUGUUGCUGCUAAAGGUGGAACAGUCGGCUAUUAAGUUUAAGGGGGCACAUGGGUUAUAUAGGUGUUGGAUAACUUUUUUGCUUCAAUAAAAAAUAUAUAAACUCAGCAAAAAAAGGGCUGUCUUUUAGGACACUGUAUUUUAAAGAUAAUUUUGUAAAAAUCCAAAUAAUUUUACAGAUCUUUAUUGUAAAGGGUUUAAACAAUGUUUUCCAUGCUUGUUCAAUGAACCAUAAACAAUUAAUGAACAUGCACCUGUGGAAAGGUCAUUAAGACACUAACAGCUUACAGACGGUAGGCAAUUAAGGUCACAGUUAUAGAAACUUAGGACACUAAAGAGACCUUUCUACUGACUCUGAAAAACACCAAAAGAAAGAUGCCCAGGGUCUCUGCUCAUCUGCGUGAACGUGCCUUAGACAUGCUGCAUGGAGGCAUGAGGACUGGAGAUGUGGCCAGGGCAAUUAAUUGCAAUGUCCGUACUGUGAGACGCCUAAGACAGCGCUACAGGGAGACAGGAAGGGCAGCUGAUCGUCCUCGCAGUGGCAGACCACGUGUAAAAACACCUGCACAGGAUCGGUACAUCCGAAUAUCACACUUGUGGGACAAGUACAGGAUGGCAACAACAACUGCCUGAGUUACACCAGGAAUGCACAAUCCCUCCAUCAGUGCUCAGACUGUCCGGCUGAGAGAGGCUGGACUGAGGGCUUGUAGGAUUGUUGUAAGGCAGGUCCUUACCAGACAUCACCGGCAACAACAUCGCCUAUGGGCACAAACCCACCUUCGAUGGCCCAGACAGGACUGGCAAAAAGUGCUCUUCACUGACGAGUCGCGGUUUUGUCUCACAUGGGGUGAUGGUCGGACUCGUGUUUAUCGUCGAAGGAAUGAGCGUUACACUGAGGCCUGUACUCUGGAGCGGGAUCGAUUUGGAGGUGGAGUGUCCGUCAUGGUCUGGGGUGGUGUGUCACAGAAUCAUCGGACUGAGCUUGUUGUCAUUGCAGGCCAUCUCAACACUGUGCGUUACAGGGAAGACAUCCUCCUCCCUCAUGUGGUACCCUUCCUGCAGGAUCAUCCUGACAUGACCCUCCAGCAUGACAAUGCCACCAGCCAUACAGCUCGUUCUGUGCGUGAUUUCCUGCAAGACAAGAAUGUCAGUGUUCUGCCACGUCCAGCGAAGAGCCCGGAUUUCAAUCCCAUUGAGCACGUCUGGGACCUGUUGGAUCGGAGGGUGAGGGCUAGGGCCAUUCCCCCCAGAAAUGUCUGGGAAUUUGCAAGUGCCUUAGUGGAAGAGUGGGGUAACAUCUCACAGCAAGAACUGGCAAAUCUGGUGCAGUCCAUGAGGAGGAGAUGCACUGCAGUACUUAAUGCAGCUGGUGGCAUAACCCUAACUCAAACCCUAACCCACCAGAUACUGACUGUUACUUUUGAUUUUACAUACAUUUCUUUUUUUGCUGAGUUUAUAUUUGAAAACUGUAUUUUGUGUUUAAUCACAUUGCCUUUGUUUUAUGUUAUAUCUUGUUUGAAGAUCUAAAACAAUUUAGUAUGACAAAUACACAAAAACAGAAGAAAUUAGGAAGAGGGCAAAUACUUUUUCACAGAACUGUAGGUCCUUUGACAUGUAAGCUGUAACGGUUUCACGGAGGCUCUACGAGAGUUUUCUCUCUGAAACCCUCCUCCUCCCCAGCAAAACUUGUCUAUAUCUGUUUCACAGGGAUUGUAUGUAUUUCUUGUGCAGUAGCAGCCUGUCUUACAUGCAGAUGCAGCAUAUCUUAUUUAUGUCUGAAUGUGCAGCAGUAGCAUGUCUAUGUUGCUGCAUUAGCAAAUCUUUGUACUUCUUUAACAGCAGCAGCAGCGUAAGCAAAUCUAAUCUGCCAAAAAACAAAUUAACCAAUCAAUUUACAGAGCUUUCUUGACUAAACUGUAUUUAUAUAACCAAUUUAUUUUGCAUUCAAAUUGGGUUAAUAAUACCAACAAAUACAUGUAUUUAGUUUUGUUAACUACAGUAUAACAAAGUUUCGAGUCUCUUAAAACUGGAUUUCAACAAUCAUUUGUGGACAACAAAAGACAGGUCACAUUUUCACUUGAAACACCAAAUAAAGAAUUACAGAACCAUUUCAGACUAAGCAGCACUGUUUUAAAAAUAUUUGUCUGAAUAGUAAUUCCUGAAAAAGAAAUACCAGAAUGUAACUUCCCUAUGAAACUAGCUGAAAGAUUGCUAAAGAUGGGUCAUAAAUAUUAAGCUUUGAGGAAUGGUACUUUCCAGGACAUAAGUCUUUGCCAUUUCUGCGUCAGACUCUCAAAGCAUGAAUUUAAGUAAACUGAACCCUGCAAAAUGCUCGAAUCAUUAUGUAAGAACAGAAUUAAUCAUCUAUUUCAGUGCAUCUUACCUGUUUUUCUUUGAAAUCAGAAAAACAUGAAAUUAAUAAAACUGCUAAAUACUAUACAAUCUAUGUAAAAUGUUACAACAAAGAUUUAUUUUGGUUUUCCUCCACAGACUCGCAACCUUUUUGUUUUCUUUACUGUUUGACAAAACCAGAUGAGAACAGUAUACCAAUCCAACAAGGAAAUAUUGGAUAACAGAGCACAGACUACUGCAUAGUCAAUCAAGUUCACCAGUGUCAGUGUAAGGGGUUUGGUGAAGGAUUGAGUGCCCUCUGGCUGAUUUGUGGUAAAUUUUGAAGCAAGCAUGGAUCAAUCAGAAUGGAAAUUGUUCUGAAAAGCCAGUGAACACUGUAAUGUCACAAACAUGUUUUUGAACUGUAUUUUGAAAUGGCAUAGCAUGGUACUCAAAUUUAUUGUUAAUCAACACAUCAAACCCGAUAAAUGGGAGGAUAAUUAGUUUAUGCAUACAAAAAUCAUGCAUCAGAUACUCUUGAAAUUGUUUAUUCAUAGUCAUUGUCAAGUGCUGUAAAUAAAUACAAAAGCCUGAAAUAUUAGUUACAAAACAAAAACCCUGCAUUUCACUUGAAAAUAAGAAGUCACGUUUUCAGAGACAAAAUAUUGAGAAAUGUUGGAUGCUAUGGCCAAACAUUUAUGAUGCUCACAUAGUCUCAUUACUGGCAAAAAAUAAAUAAGUGCUCAUGUUAAAGUAUUAGUAGAGCAAUUUAGCAGGAAAAAACAUUCAAUCAUGUACAUUAAUGCUUUAUCAUCUAAAUUAAGCAAUAAUUUAAGUGCUAUAAUUAAUGUUUAUAAAUGUACUUUGCAUGCACAAAGUAAUUACGAAAUCUAGCAUCAGCACUACACAGCACUGAACACACAGAUACACAGAAACAUCUAGUGGCACAAUAAAUACACAAGUCAUGAGGCACUGACACUGAUAUGCCACAGCAUGUACAUACAAGUACAUUUUGUAUUUGUUGGCCACAUAGUGAUCACAAUCCUUCCAUGGAAACAAUAAGAGCUACAUCUAAAGCCGAUCUACAGUUUAAAAACAUUUUUUAAAUUAAAAGACAUAAUUUUCACAUCCAGUGGUCCUUUUUUAUUCUAGCAAUGUAAAGUCUACACUUUAGAAAAAUCCCACGGUUUUUUUGUUUUGUUUGUUUGUUUUUAAAAGAUCAAGAUGGCGGAGUAAUUCUGCAAUACAAACAUCUUUCCUCAUAAGCAUUCUUGGAUAUUGCACUCACGUGACAAUGCUGAACUUCUCGUUUGGUG